CGUGAAGAACAGGGCAGAAAGCUCUGGGGUCCUUGUGUAGUCAGGGAGGGAAGAACUAGCUAAGCUAGGAGAUGCUAGGGAAGGACGAGUUAUAGAUUCAUAGUUCUCAAAGAGAGAACAUUAAUUUAGAAAAGAAACAAAAAUCAAGUUAAGCCUCUCUUACCUAAUUACCUUACCAGCGUUUGAGCUCGCUCUCUCUCUCUCUCUCUCUCGUUAAGCCUCUCUUACCUUACCUUACCAGCGUUUGAGCUCAAACCUAUAGGUUCACUGUUCACAGCUCUCUCUCUCUCUCCCCUACUCUCUUUCUCAACCCGGCCCUCUACGGGCUCCUGCAGCUUGUUUUUCUGCACGCUCUCUCUCCCUCUUGCAUAAAUCCCACUAAGGACCAAACCCUAUUCAGUUUGUUAGCUGUAUCUCUUCCAAAAGAUCACAAACACUUUUCCAUAAUUCCCACCCAAGGGAGAGAUCAAGCAAGAGGAAAAAAUUAACAUGAACAGUAGUUUUGAUUCUCAAAAAAGAGAAGACUCCUUGAAAGGAAGAUGGCAGGAGAUUAGAGGAGUCCCAAACAUGAGCCAGUACACUCGACCAACUUCUUCUGUACCCAACUUCAUGGCUAAGCCUGUAACCUUCCCUGGUUUUGAAGAUGACGAUGUUGUUUCCACCAUGAUCCCUCCGGUGACAGUUGCUCUCGAGGGCCGUUCGAUCUGCCAGAGAAUUAGCCUUCAUAAGCAUGAAAGUUAUCAUAGCCUUGCAAAGGCUCUAAGGCAGAUGUUUGUUGAUGGAGCUGGCAGCGAUUCAGGACAGAACACAUCAUCAGCAUCAGAUAGUGUUAGUGAUCAUGAUCUUGAUCUUUCAAAUGCGAUUCCUGGUCAUCUCAUUGCCUAUGAAGACAUUGAAAAUGAUCUCCUUCUUGCCGGUGACCUUAACUGGAAAGAUUUUGUGCGUGUGGCCAAGAGGAUUAGGAUACUGCCCGCAAAGGGGAAUUCAAGGAAGGCUACAGUAGGGACGGCUGUGUGACGAUUGCAUUGAUCAAGGUGUGUAAGAAGCCAUGGAAGUUAUAUAUACGUACACUUUAAUAUUAAAAAACUGGUUUUAUGUGUUUUUAUUAUGGAAAAGAUGGUGGCGAUUAAGCUAGAUUUCUUGUGAAGGACACGAAGUUUUUCCGUGUGUAAACUGUAAAAUACCUCGUUUCCUUCUUUGAAUGAAAGAACUUCAAUUUCCCGA